CCUAAAGAUUAAGUCCUCUAAUUUUAUUUGAUCCAAUCAAGCCCAACUCCUUUUCUUAUCAUUAAAUCCCCUCAAUUUAUAAUUCCUUCACUCAACCCCCUUGAUAAAUUAAUUAAAGCUCAAAAAAUUUUCAAGGUUGCAAAAAUAAUGGGUGGCAGAGGCAGAGCAUCCGUACUUCUCUGGCUUUCAUGUUUGCUGAUCCCUUCUUAUUUUGCAACUGACACUUUAGACCAAACCAAACAACUCAGUUAUGGAGAGCUGCUGGAAUCAUCAAAUGAUCUCUUCAGGUUAGGAUUCUUCUUACCCAACGGGGACCGUAGAACUUUCUUGGGAAUAUGGUAUAACGAUGAAACAUGGUAUCGAGGAGGAGGCGAAUUUGUAUUUGUCGAUUACCCAGUGUGGAUUGCUAAUCCGAACAGUCCCAUUUUCACCAAUUCUGGAAUUCUUUCAGUUAACGGUAAUGGAAGCCUUGAGAUUUUAUCCGAUCAGAGAAAAGUCAUCCCCAUAUAUUCAUCAACAAGAGCUUCAAUUCAGGCCAGUGCCACCCUACAGAACGAUGGCAACUUUGUACUGCACGAGCUGAAUUCAGAUGGAUCUGUGAAGAGUGUUUUGUGGCAGAGUUUUGAUCAUCCAACAGACACUCUUCUUCCAGGGAUGAAACUAGGAAUCAACUUUAAUAGUGGGUUGAAUUGGACUUUGACAUCGUGGGAUAAUGAUGGUGGUUACAAUUCACCUGCCUCGGGCCCUUUUACACUAGGCUUGAAUCCCAAUGGCACAAAUGAGCUGAUCAUGUGGCGACAAGGGGAUUUAUACUGGAGAAGCGGACCUUGGCAACGGAGCUAUUCUGGUUUUCCACAGGCAUCAUACUAUGGUUACAACUUUAGUUUUACUCAAAAUGAGAAUGAGAUGUUCUUCUAUUACACUUCAACAAUCAUAUUCUCAAGAAUAAGAAUUCAUUCAGCAGAUUUGCAGUCGGAUGGUUUGCUCAUGAUCUAUGCUCAUGGAUUCUGGUCCCCAUUAGUUUCAUGUGAUCAUGAUGGCUGGUUAUGCCUAAAGCAGAAGCUUCCCAAGUGCAGGAAUAUUGGUGAUACUCUUCUUGAUGAGUAUAAUUACAUCAACAAGAAAUUGGGCUCAAUGUCGAAAGCCGGAUAUAGAUUCAGCGAGAGUCACAACAUGACUAUUGAGGAUUGUAAGGCCAAAUGCUUGUUAAAUUGUUCUUGUUUUGCCUAUGCUUCCACAAAUAUUGUGAAUCAAAGUGGCUGUGAAAUUUGGACGUCAAGGACCAUCUUUGGUGCAACACAGGAUGGCCGCUACAUCUACUUCCUUCCUUCGAAAGGGAGUAAGUGGUGGAAGUGGCCAACCAUUGCAGUUGGAGGAAUAAUGAUCAUACCCUCUUUCGUUUCAAUCUGCUAUAUCAUAUGGAAAAAUUUCACAUCAAAUGGGGAUGAAAACAUUAACCAGAGGACACUAAUAAAAGAACUGGAAGGCGAUGAGGCCCCUUCCAUCUCAUCUGGAAAACCAAAAAGUCAUAAGAAAGAUACAAAUGAGAUCCAUGUCUUCAGUUUUGAAAGCAUUGUUUACGCUACCAACUAUUUUUCAACUGCAAAUAAGCUUGGAGAAGGCGGCUUUGGACCAGUUUAUAAGGGAAUACUAUUUGAUGGUAGAGAAGUGGCGAUAAAACGACUCUCGAGAAGUUCAGGACAAGGAAUGGCCGAGUUCAAGAAUGAAGCACUACUAAUUGCAAAGCUACAGCACACUAAUCUUGUGAGGCUUCUAGGCUUUUGCAUUCAAGGAGAAGAAAAGAUAUUAAUCUACGAGUAUAUGCCAAACAAAAGCUUGGACUCUUUUCUCUUUGAUGCUGCAAAGAAGAAAAUGUUGAAUUGGAAUAGACGCUUGAUCAUUGUUGAAGGAGUUGCUCAAGGGCUUCUUUAUCUUCAUAAGUAUUCUAGAUUGAGAGUGGUUCAUAGAGACUUAAAGGCUAGCAACAUUUUGCUUGAUGCUGACAUGAAUCCAAAAAUAUCAGAUUUUGGGUUGGCUAGAAUAUUUGAUGUGAAUGAAUAUGAAGCAAACACAAAUAGAGUUGUUUGGAACAUAUGGUUAUAUGUCUCCGGAAUAUGCCUUUCAUGGUCUCGUUUCAAUCAAAACUGAUGUAUUUAGCUUUGGAGUUUUGCUGCUAGAGCUUGUAAGUGGAGGGAAGAAUACUAGUCGCUAUCAUCCUGAGCAUCCUCUCAACCUUUCAGGAUAUGUGAGUGUUUUUUC